ACUCCUCCCCCUGCGAGAAACUUCACAUUGAAAUGUUGCAAAUGACUGGGGCCCCGCGAAGCCCGGUUUCCAGCGCCGACUCUGCGGACAGCUGCCAGCGCCCGGCCGUCGCGGGGGAGACUGCAAACAUGAGGCCCGAAAACUGGGGACUGCGCUGGGCGGUGGCCCUGCUCCUCGCCGUGGCGGGGGCAGCAGUGGGAGACAAAUGUGGGAGAAACGAGUUCCAGUGUGGAGACGGGCAGUGCAUCUUCUACCACUGGGUCUGCGACGGGCGAGCAGAAUGUGCCGAUGGCUCCGAUGAGUCCCAGGAGUCCUGCAUGUCUGUCACCUGCAAGUUGGGGGACUUCAGCUGUGGUGGCCGUGUCAAUCGCUGCAUUCCUCUGUCCUGGAGGUGUGACGGCCAGAUGGACUGUGUGAAUGGCUCAGAUGAGGAAGGCUGUGCCCCCCAAACAUGCUCCCAGCACGAGUUCCGCUGCCAGGACGGCAAGUGUAUCGCUCCGGAGUUUGUCUGUGACUUGGACCGAGACUGUGCCGACGGCUCGGAUGAGGCGUCCUGUCCGGUGACCACCUGCGGCCCCGCCAGUUUCCAGUGCAACAGCUCCGCCUGCAUCCCUGAGCUGUGGGCUUGCGACGGCGACCCCGACUGUGAGGAUGGCUCAGACGAGUGGCCGGCGAGCUGCGGGGGCCUCGACCCGCUGGCCAGGCGAAGGGACAGCAACCCCUGCACGGGCCUGGAGUUCCACUGCGGGAGCGGAGAGUGCAUCCACGCCAGCUGGCGCUGCGACGGCGGCCCCGACUGCAAGGACAAGUCUGAUGAGGAGAACUGCACCAUUGUUACAUGUCGGCCUGACGAGUUCCAGUGUUCCGAUGGGACCUGCAUCCACGGCAGCCGCCAGUGCAACAGAGAGUAUGACUGCAAGGACAUGAGUGAUGAACUUGGUUGCAUCAAUGUGACCCUGUGUGAGGGGCCCAACAAGUUCAAGUGCCACAGCGGUGAAUGCAUCACCAUGGACAAAGUCUGCAACUCCGUCAGGAACUGCCGGGACUGGUCAGAUGAACCCCUCAAGGAGUGUGGGACCAAUGAGUGUUUAGACAACAAGGGUGGCUGCUCCCACAUCUGCAACGACCUCAAGAUCGGCUACAAGUGCUUGUGCCCCGAGGGCUUCCGGCUGGUAGACCAGCGAAGAUGUGAAGAUAUUGACGAGUGUCAGGACCUUGACACCUGCAGCCAGCUCUGCGUGAACCUCCAGGGCAGCUACAAGUGUGAAUGCAUGGAGGGCUUCCAGCUGGACCCCCACACCAAAGCCUGCAAGGCUACAGGCACCAUCGCCUACCUAUUUUUCACCAACCGCCAUGAGGUGAGGAAGAUGACUUUGGACCGAAGCGAAUACACCAGCCUCAUCCCCAACCUAAAGAAUGUGGUUGCCCUGGACACCGAGGUGGCCAGCAACAGAAUCUACUGGUCCGACCUAUCCCAAAGGAAGAUCUAUAGCACCCAGAUUGACAGAGCCCAUAGCUUCUCCUCCUAUGACACCGUCAUUGGCGAGGACCUCCAGGCCCCCGAUGGGCUGGCAGUGGACUGGAUCCAUGGCAAUUUAUACUGGACCGACUCUAUCCUCGGCACCGUCUCUGUGGCUGACACCAAGGGGACCAAGAGGAAGACGCUUUUCAAGGAGAAAGGCUCCAAGCCUCGGGCCAUUGUGGUGGAUCCUGUCCACGGCUUCAUGUACUGGACAGAUUGGGGAACUCCAGCCAAGAUCAAGAAGGGGGGCCUAAAUGGUGUGGACAUUUACUCUCUGGUGACAGAAGAUAUUCAGUGGCCCAACGGUAUCACUUUGGAUCUUUCCGGUGGCCGCCUGUACUGGGUAGACUCCAAGCUCCACUCCAUCUCCAGCAUUGAUGUCAAUGGGGGGAACCGGAAGACUGUUUUGGAGGAUGAGAAAAGGCUGGCGCACCCCUUCUCCUUGGCCAUCUUCGAGGAUAAAGUCUUUUGGACAGAUAUCAUCAACGAAGCCAUUUUCAGUGCUAACCGCCUCACAGGCUCGGACAUUAAUUUGUUGGCUGAAAACCUAUUGUCCCCAGAGGACAUUGUCCUAUUCCACAAUCUCACACAGCCAAGAGGGGUGAACUGGUGUGAGAGGCCCGCCCUCCAAAAUGGUGGCUGCCAGUACCUGUGUCUCCCAGCCCCACAGAUCAACUCCCACUCACCCAAGUUCACCUGUGCCUGCCCCGAUGGCAUGGUGCUGGCCAAGGACAAGAAGAACUGCCUCAUAGAGAUUGAACCUGCAGUGACCACCCAGGGGCCCUCCACAAUCACGUCGACAGCUGUGGGGCUGAAGCACACCACCCGCCCGAAGUCAGGGGUCAUCCUUGAGCUCACCACGACCGAGACAGUGACCAUGUCCCAUCAAGUCCUGGGCAACGGUGUCAGCAGAGGAGAGGAGGAGGGCUCUGGUGGCAUUAGGACUUUGUACAUCGUCCUUCCCAUCGCACUGAUCAUCAUGCUGAGCUUCAGUACCUUCCUGUUCUGGAGGAAUUGGCGGCUUAAGAGCAUUAACAGCAUCAACUUUGACAACCCAGUGUACCAGAAGACCACAGAGGAUGAGGUGCACAUCUGCCGCAGCCAGGACGGCUACACCUACCCCUCGAGACAGAUGGUCAGCCUGGAGGAUGAUGCUGCUUGAGUCAUGGCCUUGGGCCCAUCCCUUCCAGGAACCUGCUGCUGGUCACAGGCAGGAAGAACACUUUCUCCCAGGACCCUUGACCCUUUCUGAGACCUCAAUACCCUCCUGUCUCAUUCAGAGAAAGAGACCAAAAGUACCUGGCAGCUGCGGCCUCGGGCCUGUCUGCCAGAGCUUUGUUUUAUAUAUUUAUUGUCUAGGAGGCAGAACAGACUUCUGACAGUGCCUACAGAGAGGGCUUGGGUGGGGAUUUGUCUCUCUCUAUGUAAAAAUGGAAAAGAGGAGGAAGUUGAACAAGCUGGGGUGACUAGUCUGUCCUUUCUGGGGAUGUCUGGCCUUCUCCCCUCCUCCACUCAUUGCUCACCUAAGGGUCUGACAGAGAGACAUGUAGCAAGAGACAGUGAGUAGCUUUGAGCAGGUGCUACCCACAGGGUCCCAGGUGGCUGCUUGACCACUGUUUUCUAGAGAACUCAGGAAUAAAUAUGUUUACCUCUGUCUUGCUGGAUAGCCAGUUAGCUUUGGCUCUGACACCCCUGAAAAGGACAAACUAGGGUUUUCUUGGCUGGGUUUGCCCCACCCCCUUAAGCUGGGAGGGAGCUAUGGUGGUAUUGACAUGGCUGAAUCCAGCAUUCUAGGGGUGGCAUCAGCUGAGUCCCCUUCACUCACAAAAAUCAUGGCAGUUCCCAGGGAAACCUGAGCCAACGAUCGCCUUAAUAUUUAAGUGCCUGAGACACCUGCUGCCUCUGCCCUCUCAUAGCCCCCUUCAGGAUGGGUGGUGCCCAGACCCCGCCAGGUCCGUUCCACAUUCUCUUGCACUUUUUCAGUUCAGGGUUGUACAUUGUGUAAAGCUCACGUUCAUAUAUUUUGCACUGCUUUCAGUUUGGGUUGGGAUGGACUCCCAGGCCAGAGGGGCCGGUGUCCAUGAGCCUGCUGACAAGGGGGCUUCCUCCCAGCAUCUCGGGAGGUGUACAAAGGGUCAGGGCCCCCAAGACUUGGAAGCCAAGAGCCUGACUGGUGUUUCCAGGCCUAUGCAGAUGCCCCUGAGCCCUUAACUCCCCCAACAUGACACAGGGCAGUCGUGGGUGACAGGUGUCUAUCUGAAACGUGUGUGGCCUUGGAGCCCUGCAAGUCCUCUGAGCUUGAUCAUUUUCUGGGACUUAUUAUAAGAAUGCUCUCUGAAAUCACCACAAAUGUUGCAUAUAUGACCAGAGGGACCGCAGCAGCAGCCCCCCAUUCCCUUGUGAAGAUGCGGAAGGGAUCAUCACUGUUCUCUGCAGCUGCACACACGACCCGCCCUGUCGGAAACUGGGAAAGGUUUUUCUUUCUGAAGCAUGUAAAUAAACCCCCAUAUAGAGGAGGGGGCUUUUGUCAUGGUUGCACUUUGUAUAUUUGUGGAAACACUUAUCACUUAUAUAUAUGAAAAGAUUAUUUAUUUUUGCCCACCCUGGCUGCUGUGUUUGUUUGGUCGAGGGAGUCUGUCGGAGAUGCCUGUCUUUCUGUACAAAGAUUAUUUGCACCAACCGUGUACCACACUCUUCAGGAAAAUCAUGUCUGUUGUAAAUACAGGUUGCUUUUGGGGGCUGGGUAUCGCUCUUUCAAACCACUGUAUAGAAUGUUUUUAUAGACUGAGUGUCUUACUGUGAUCAAUUAAAUUUCUUAAAUGAACCAUUUGGCAAACCUAAUGCAUUUUCAUCUUCUGUUUGUU